UUGAAAGGAAGAACCUACGGGAAGUCGGAAGGAAAAAUCAGCUGGAAUGCACGGAAAUUAUCACUGGUGUAUUCCUUUACUGAGCUAGCUGUGCAUCUGUCAACUUUUAUUCCUCCCUUCAUUUUGCUUUUGGAAUCAAACCGCCACAUUGGCGAUGUCGGAGUCUUACGAUUUCCUGUUUAAAUUCCUGGUAAUUGGGAAUGCUGCGACAGGAAAAUCCUGUCUGCUGCACCAGUUCAUAGAGAAAAGAUUUAAAGAUGAAUCCAACCACACGAUCGGAGUGGAGUUUGGCUCUAAGAUCAUCAGUGUGGUCAACAAAACAGUCAAACUGCAGAUCUGGGACACAGCAGGACAAGAACGCUUUAGGUCUGUGACCAGGAGCUACUACAGAGGCGCAGCGGGGGCCCUGCUUGUCUACGACAUCACCAGUCGUGAAACGUACAACGCUCUGACCACGUGGCUGAGCGAUGCCAGGAUGUUAGCCAGUCAAAACAUUGUCAUCAUCCUCUGCGGCAACAAGAAGGACCUGGAUGCUGACAGGGAGGUCACGUUCCUGGAGGCGUCGCGCUUCGCUCAGGAGAACGAGCUGAUGUUCCUGGAGACCAGCGCUCUCACGGGGGAGAACGUUGAAGAGGCUUUUGUCCAGUGCGCUCGGAAGAUCCUCAACAAGAUAGAAUCAGGAGAAUUGGACCCAGAAAGGAUGGGGUCAGGUAUCCAGUAUGGCGACGCCGCGUUACGACAGCUUCGUUCUCCUCGCCGCGCUCAGCCACAGGGCACACAGGAGUGUGGCUGCUAAGGGGCCUCGUGCAUCUCACGCAGUCAAGAGAAGAAGAAGAAGGACCAUGGAGGACCAGACAGUGUUGGGUUCAGGUUGCUGUGCUGGUGACCCCUCCCUGACCUUUGCACGGACCCUUCAGAGCCUUUGUUAUCACGUGUGCAUGAGCAGAGAGCCGAGAAGACCUACGCCCAACUUCACAAGAACUUGAAUCUCCAUGGUAACCACAAACUCAUCCGUCUCUGGCUCUACUGGACCACAUUGUCCCUGACCAGGAUGCCUAACCCUAGCCUGCAUUAUUAUUAUUAUUACUACUUCUGUAAUAGUUGUUCCUGUUUGUUUUCCAGACUCACGGGAAGUAUCUACAUUUGAGUUUGGAUUACACAUAAUUUAACAGGAUCAUUUUAACAUUUAGGAUAUUGACGGGUGGAUUUUAGGGAUUUUGAUGGAGCCAAACCUGCUUACCUACAUUAAAACAUGAAGGCUUCCUGCUCUGGCUUGACUCUUAAUGCACCAAGGCGAACCUCAGCAUGCCAACAAAUCCACAAAAUUCUCAUACCACACCUUUCACCUUUCCUUUUUACACUUUUAGUCUUUCUACAUCCACCUGCUCUUAAAUACUGCACACUUCCCUGGUUUAAACGUCCACUGCUCCUCCUCCUGCCAGCCCCUCCACCCUGCUUUUACUGUACAGAGUGUAUUUCUGUAAAUAGAGACUUCGACGCAUGAUUUCCCAAACAGAAUAUCAGAGUAUUUCGUUAUAAGGAGAUAUUACAUGUUUAUUUAAGUAGAUAUUUAGCAUCUUCUGCAUCGCGCCACUGUAUAAUUAACAUGUUAAGCUGCAAUACACUGGCUAAUUGUAAUCGGUAUAAACGGGCCGCACUAUUGCAGAAUUUGUGUGUUUGUACUUGUGUGGAUUUUACAAUAGCAGCAGAUACUGGGAACCCAGCAAAAGCCAUUUAAUUUUGGGAUUCACCACAUAUUUAUCCAAAGGAUUAUGACAGAUGACUGACCCUCUUCUUGUAAUUGUUGCCUGUUUACAUGACAGACUGUUGCCACCUGUGGCGGAUACUAACCAAUCACAUUUAGAGUUUUAGCUGCUUUAAAAUCUGGUUUCAGGCCUUUUUGAUACCAAGAUCUGAAUUUGGUUUGAUGUAGAACUCAGUCUUGUACAGUUUCUUUAAAUUUAUUGGAGUUUUCUUCUUUCUACAGCGUUGGACACAAAACUUUUAAAUUGCAAACAAUUUAAACAAAAACGGUUUCACAUUAGAAUGUUGAGUGUUUGGUAUUUCCUCGUUUUACGUCCAGUUGUGUCAGAUUUAUGUUUUUGCUGUUCAUUAUAUUGUAGAGUCCUAAUUUAUUGUUUAUGAUAAAAGGCAUAUGUUUUUUAAAUAAAAACAACAAAUCAA